AUGCCGGAGCCCGGGCCCGACGCCCCCGGCACCGCUAGCGCGCAGCCCCCGCCGCCGCCGCCCCCUCCUCCCGCGCCCAAGGAGUCCCCGUUCUCCAUCAAGAACCUGCUCAACGGAGACCACCACCGGCCGCCCCCUAAGCCGCAGCCGCCCCCACGGACGCUCUUCGCACCGGCCUCCGCCGCGGCCGCCGCAGCCGCCGCCGCCGCCGCCGCCGCGGCCAAGGGGGCUCUGGAGGGCGCCGCGGGCUUCGCGCUCUCGCAGGUGGGCGACCUGGCUUUCCCCCGCUUUGAGAUCCCGGCGCAGAGGUUUGCCCUGCCCGCGCACUACCUGGAGCGCUCCCCGGCCUGGUGGUACCCCUACACCCUGACCCCCGCCGGCGGCCACCUCUCGCGACCUGAAGCUUCGGAGAAGGCCCUCCUGCGAGACUCCUCCCCCGCCUCGGGAACCGACCGCGACUCCCCCGAGCCGCUGCUCAAAGCCGACCCCGACCACAAGGAGCUGGACUCCAAGAGCCCGGACGAGAUCAUCCUGGAGGAGAGCGACUCGGAGGAAGGCAAGAAGGAGGGCGAGGCGGCGCCCGGAGCUGCCGGGGCGAGCGUGGGGGCGGCGGCCGCGACGCCCGGCGCCGAGGACUGGAAGAAGGGCGCCGAGAGCCCCGACAAGAAGCCCGCGUGCCGCAAAAAGAAGACGCGCACGGUCUUCUCGCGCAGCCAGGUCUUCCAGCUCGAGUCCACCUUCGACAUGAAGCGCUACCUGAGCAGCUCGGAGCGCGCCGGCCUGGCCGCGUCGCUGCACCUCACCGAGACCCAGGUCAAGAUCUGGUUCCAGAACCGCCGCAACAAGUGGAAGCGGCAGCUGGCGGCCGAGCUGGAGGCGGCCAACCUGAGCCACGCCGCGGCGCAGCGCAUCGUGCGGGUGCCCAUCCUCUACCACGAGAACUCGGCCGCCGAGGGCGCGGCCGCCGCCGCGGGGGCCCCGGUGCCGGUCAGCCAGCCGCUGCUCACCUUCCCGCACCCCGUGUACUACUCGCACCCCGUGGUCUCCUCCGUGCCGCUGCUACGGCCGGUCUGA